AUGAAUCUUUAGAAAAAAUUGAACGAAAUUCAAUUAGUUUAGGAGCCUACUUUAUGUAAAGGUAUUAAUUAAUUUAAUGGAAUCUCUUGGGAUGAACUCGAAAGGAGAUUUAUUAACUCUACAUUCUAAAUCUUGUUGAAAGAUUAAGAAAUUUAAUACAUAAAAGAUGGAUCCAUUAUAAGACAGUAUACUUUAUUAUUUAAGGAAAAUAGGGAUAUUAUUAAAGAUAACUCAAAGUAACCUGAAUACUUAACUAAUUUAGAAUAGAUAAAUUUUUUAAAAUGGAUUGGAAGUUAUGAUAAUAAUAAUUAACAAAUUGGUAAAUGGAAUGUAACUUGGAAGGGAGAAACUCUGUAAGAAAUAGGAGGAUAUUAUGAUGAAGGAAAAAAAUAAGGCCUAUGGAAGGAAUUAUUCAAAAAUUAUUGGAAGUGAUAUUAUUUUGUUAUUUUAAAGUUAGGCUUAGGUAUAUGAAUUUGGAGAAUAUCUGAAUGACUAAAGGUAAGGUUAUUGGACGUAUAUAUAUAAGGGAAAAGAAAUGUAUUCAAAUUAUUAUUGUUAAAAUAGAGCUGGAGGUUUAUAUAAUUAGGCAGGUUUAAAACAUGGAAAAUGGAUGUAACCAAAUGAGAGUUUUUGGGAUCAAUCAUAAGUAAUACAUUUUGGAGAAUAUUAAAAUGGUAACAAAAUUGGUAUAUGGGAUAUAUGGGUUGAUGAAUAAGGAAUUAAUAAUUAGAUGUAUAAUUAUUAUUUUUAUAAUAACAUCAACUUAAUUUUAGUGGAGGUGGAUUGUAUGAUGAAAAAGGACAAGAACUUAAAGUAGGAAACUGGAUUGAGAUAAGUAAUAGAUUUUGGUUUCAUUCAUGCUUAACUUAUAAUGGUGAAUAUAAAAAAGGUAAAAAAAUAGGUUUUUGGAAGAGUUUUUGGAAUGAAGGAUCAUAAAUGUAAAAUAUAAAGCAUCAUAUAUAUUUUUUUAGUGGUGGUGGUUUAUAUGAUGAAGGAGGUAAAGAACUUAAAAUUGGAAACUGGAUUGAUGUCAGUGAUGGAUUUUCUGAUAGAUCACUAAUAACUUUUGAUGGUGAAUAUAAAAAUGGUUAAAAAGUUGGUAGAUGGGUUACAUUGUUUAAUUUGGAUGGAAACAAUAAAUAGAUGUAAAUUAUUAUUCAUAAAUCAACAUUUAUGGUUAGUGGUGGUGGAGAAUUUGAUGAACUACAUGGAGUAAAAAUUGGAAAUUGGAUUGAUAUAAGUGAGGGAUUUUAUCAAUUUUCAUAAGUAACUUUUAAUGGAGAAUAUAAAAAUGGUAAGAAAGUUGGUAGAUGGAAUAUUUAUUAUAACAAUAUUUUGAUGUAACAUUAGAAUUCUACACUAUUAUAGUGGUGGCGGAUUAUAUGAUGAAGGGAAUCAAGAAACUAAGAUUGGAAAUUGGAUUGAGAUUAGUAGUGAAUUUUCUGAUUGGUCUUAAGUAACUUUUGAAGGAAAUUAUAACAAUGGUCAAAAAUUUGGUAAAUGGAAUAUUUGGUUUAGGAAUUGUAAUACGUAAGAAUAAAAAUUGAUGUAAGCUUGAAAUAUUAUUUCAAUUUUUAGAGGAGGUGGAUCAUACGAUGAAGGUGAUUAAGCACUUAAAGUUGGAAAUUGGAUUGAAAUUAUUGAUGGAUUUAAAAGUGAAACAUAAGUAACAUAUAGGGGUGAAUAUCAAAACGGUAUCAAAAUAGGAAAAUGGGAAAUUUGGGGAAGGAAUAAUUUUGAUAAUCCAAAUACUGAAAACAUGUAAAAAUUAUAAAAUUUAUCCAUUUUAUUAGUGGUGGUGGAUUAUAUAAUUAAGGUGAAAAAGUUGGAAAUUGGAUUGAAAUAAAUGAUGGAUUUCUCUAUCUUUCUGACAUAAUCUACAAUGGUAAUUAUAAAAAUGGUUAAAAAAUUGGUAUUUGGGAGAAAUUGGACGUUUAUAACAAAGAAAAGCUUAAUGAAGUUUAUUAUGAUCAUUGA